CCACCUAAUCCUUAAUGGAUGUGCAAAGCUUCUCUUUGCUCUUUAUCAUCUGCAGUGUAAUGCAAUUGAGGAGUAGGAGUAGCAACAAAAUGUCAACUCUGGCUGGUAUUUUUUACUCAUAGACAUGAAAGGGUUAUCAUUAGGUUUUUUUUGCAAGCCGAACAAUCUUCCAAGAUGCGAGUUAACUGCAAAAUAGUUGUAAUCGCUGUCUGUUUCGGAGUUUUCCUACUUUUGUACUUUUUGGGGGGGAAUGCUGCGGACGAGCCGCCUUUGAAAGAAGUUGAAGAUAACUCGUAUCAAUCGUCAUAUGAGCUAGGAAACAAGGUUGCUUCAAAGUUGAUAAUUAAAUCACACGACGAACUUCACGUCCCACCAAAACAGCAACUCACGGAGCGGAGCAAAGAAAGGAAAGUCACUAAUAUAGGGAGAAAUGUGAACGCAAAGAGCAGACCACGGGCAGACGGCAGACGGCCCGUGUCGAGGCAUGCCCGUGGGGAGGAGGUCAUGCACCUCGCUGUGGUAACCUGUGGCAACCGCCUGGAUGAGACCCUCACAAUGCUGAAGUCUGCCCUCCUCUUCAGCAUCAAGAAGAUCAAGUUCCACAUCUUUGCAGAGGACCCCUUGGCCUCGCAGUUUGAGAAAGAGCUAAACCAGUGGCCUCGUGCAGUCUCUGCCAAGUUCCAGUACAGUAUCUAUCCAAUCACCUUCUCCGUGGGGAAUGCAGAGGAGUGGAAGAAGCUUUUCAAGCCGUGUGCUGCCCAGAGGCUGUUUCUCCCUGUCAUUCUUAAGGAAGUGGACAGCCUGUUGUACGUGGAUACAGAUGUGCUGUUUCUCAGGCCUAUGGAUGCCAUCUGGGCCUUCCUCAAGGCCUUCAACAGUACCCAGCUGGCAGCCAUGGCUCCAGAACAUGAGAUUCCUAAGAUCGGCUGGUAUAGCCGCUUCGCUCGCCACCCUUUCUACGGGGUCACGGGGGUAAACUCAGGAGUCAUGCUGAUGAAUCUCACAAGGAUCCGAAGCACUUUGUUUGAAAACAGCAUGAUCCCCGGUGGCUUGUCUUGGGAGAACCUCCUACACCCACUCUACCAGAAGUACAAGAACCACAUCACAUGGGGGGACCAAGACCUUCUCAACAUUAUAUUUCAUUACAACCCAGAGUGCAUCUACAUAUUUCCUUGCCAGUGGAACUACAGGCCUGAUCACUGCAUGUAUGGGAGUAACUGCAAAGGGGCAGAAGAUGAAGGUGUGUCCAUUCUCCAUGGGAACCGUGGAGUGUAUCAUGAUGAUAAGCAGCCAGCCUUUAAAGUAGUGUAUGACGCAAUACAUGAUUUUCCCUUUGAAGACAACCUGUUCCAGUCACUGUUCUAUCCCCUCCAAACCAAGUUUCUGGAAACUGUCAACACUUUGUGUGGUCGACUUCCCCAGGUAUUCCUCAAACAGGUGGAGAAGACCAUGCGGACGAUGUACGAAAAGAAAGUUGUUCACCGUGGGAAACCUCCACAGAAAUAAUUCCUAAAUAGAGGAAGUAGUCUCUGACUCGGUUGACUGCCAGGAUCUCCCAGGUUAUCAAUCUGAUGACGUCAUGACAUUUUGAUGAAUCAGAAUGUGUCCCCAACAAUGCGCCGCAGGUCAAAGUGGCAUUCCUGCUCUUAGGAAUGGUGGUUGUGGUCAAGAUGUAGCUGAAUGUGGAAAGAUAGGCAUACAGUGCUGGUCAGUGAUGCUGUGGAGUUUGUUUGUGUCACCACCCAUUUACCUUUAAUAUACUGUUUUACUUAAUGUAAUGUGAAAUACUGUGGAUUUUUUACUCAAACAUGUUUUAUCAAACAUAAGAACUUUGAGCUCAGGAGCUCAAGUACUGAAUGAGAAUUUUAAGAUGUUACAUUUUUCAAACCAGUUUCGUUUUCUCUUUUGAAUGUGCUUACAUUUUUCUGCCAGGCAUAUUGUUCUUGAGUUUCCUGCUAGUGGUCUGAAAUGAACCUUCCUCCACCUUAGGGAAGCUGUAAUUUAAGCUUUUGUCAGACAAAGCCAAUUUUAUACUUUAUUAUAGUGUCAUGGAGUCACAUUUCUGAAAUAGCUUUUUUACCAGGCAGUUCAUGUUUUUUAUUCUUCCUAAUUGUGCAAAUGUUUCGCACCAACAAAUGACUUUGAAUAUGGUUGUACAUGUAUAAGCUCAUUGAGGACAUAUUACAGUUGCUCUACCAAAUCCCAGUAUCAGUAUUGAAUAUGAUCAUCAAGCAAAGUAAUUAACAUCUGAUGGGGUAGUCACAUUUAGGACACUUAUGCCAGGAUAGUGUAGUAGACUUCAUAUGCUGUUUAUUAUUUUAAACAAUGUUUUGGAAUUGCCUAAGUGCAAGCAGUGAUAUGUCUUCAAAACUUCAGAGUAAAUAUAUGUAGGGCCUAUCUUCAUUAUAAAAGAAAAGUUUUGUACAAAAAUCUCAUGAAGCAAUUUAUAGGCCAUGGAUGGUAUUCAUUUUGCGAGUGUGAAUUACAUCUGUAAAUUAUCUGAGAGAUAAACAUCAAAAUGAGAAACUGGAAAUAUUUGUUCCUGAAUAAAGGAAA